AUGGCACCCAAGAAGAGGUCCCGUGCUUCCGCCCAUCCCUCCACUUCAAAGGCUCCGCCGCCCGCGGCCUCUAAUGCCGCGGGAGAUGCGGGGGCACACAAGGAUGUGAACGCUGCUGGGGACGUGGUUGGUGCAGGUGGCGCCAUCACCACUUCCCCCGCGGCCGACGCGAGGGCAGGAGACAUCGGAGGGGAACAACAUCAGCAGCGCCUCGAUGUCCACGCUCCACAAGGCGCGAGCGAGGGGGUCACUCCGUUUGCACCCCCUCCUCCCACCGACGGGCAUAGCUGCAGCAACGACGCUUGGUCCGGGGCGAGCCAUCGCCCUCCAGCCGCCCCCACCAUGGGGGCGACCGCGGUGAAUGCGCCUCCUCCCGGACGAGCCAACCAGGCCACUGCGCUUGACGGAGCCGCGGACCCUGAAGCACCACCGCUGCGCAACCCUGCUGCCCAGGUGGUCGUCCCACAGCAGUGCGGGCGCGGCACCACUGCCGCAGCCGCUGGCACUGUUAGGAGCCAGGCGAUAGUGCGGUCGACGUCAUCAACACCUAUACCAAGCACUACCACGGAGGCUAUGGCGCGAGCUCAGCUACUGCUAAGGUUUUCGCCAGCAGCCGAGCAGAUGGAUGAGUGGCGUGCCACCAUCCAAAGCCUGCUCGGCUUCGCCGAAGCUGGGGGCUCACAAUGA